UGUAAAAUUGUAGCUCAGUGUAAAUCUGAACAAAAGCAAACUGUGAUUUGUAUGGAUUUAACAAUUUAGCAUUUUUUAAUUUAGAUAUUAUAUUAUUUGUUGACUGUCAUCUUUGAUUGUUAUUACACCCUAAAUAAACCAUCAAUUAUAUCUUGUAUUAUUGUAAAUGGUUAUUUCAAAUGAACAACAUCUCAAGUGUUUAUAGCCAUUAAUAUCUGGUUCAACUUAAAAUGAUCCAAUUGUAUAGUAAUUCAAUACAAAUCAUAUUUGGCGCUUCAAGUAUCCAAUCUUGUACGUAAGUAACGGUCAAUACUCGUAUCUUAAUCAGCUACCAGUACGGAAGUUACCAAUUGUAAGAUUAAACCAUUAUUGCUGCUAUUAAAUAAUAAAACAGUGACAACAAUCAACCAACCAAGCAACACUGGAUUAACCAAACCAUUAAUUAUUAAUUAAAGAAAUGUCCGAAGAGAGGAAAUUUUGCUUCAAAAUCAGUUUGUCUUUGCCGGUCAACAUCCAACAUCAUUUUACUUCCAACUGAUUCCUUCCAAUUUUAUAUCUUAAUUUAGAUAUUAACUCUUCACUUUACCACAUUCAUCUAUUUUAUAUAAAUGUUAACCACCUUGAUGUUAAUUAAAAUUAAAAAGUCACUUUUGGUUAUUUCAAAGGCAAACACUUAAUCGAAAAGCAUUAAAAGCAUAAAAAACAUAAAGCAUAACAACAUGGCCGUUACUUGAAAGCGCGUGUUUACAUUUUUAACUGCGUAUUAACCAAUUUGUUUCACCAUUGCUUUUCCAGUUUGUCUUCAUUGGUUAAUUAUAUUAUUGUGAAUUUAAAAACUUUAAUAAUUAUUGUUAAUGAUCAAAGCGAAGAGAUUAAUUAUGAUAUUCAAUUAUAAUUCCUAAAUUUAAUACAAUUUAUCAACCUUUCGUGAGAAUCAACUACAAACGUAACAAAGUAAAAUGACUUCAACUUUGCGUUCUUUAUUUGGUCAACUUGUUUUUCACUUAUUUGCCUCUUCAUAACCAACUCUUCCAUCUAAUUAACAUCAUUUGUGCAAAUUGUCAUCAAACUUCAAUUGUAUAUUAGACUGAUAACUUGUUACCGGACAAAACAGGACCAUCAUAAUUAUACAGGACAACAGACGUUCCUUUCAAAUGUGAUUGACAAUUGAAGCUUCCGAGUCUUCAACAUUUAAUGAUGACUCUUGAAUCUCGUUGGUUUGCUGAUUUACUGGAUCUUGUCAAUUGUAAAUUAAACUUUAAGGUGUUGAUAAACCUUAUUACUGUCAUGUUACCGGUUCACACUCAAUUUGCCGUUAUUCAAAUGAUUAUCCUGAUGUAAUAUUAAUGUGUAAAAGUAAAGGUUUAGGUUGAGAUGAUUCUCAGGGAAAAGUGAAGACAAAUCUUGUCCUUUUUUGUCGAUGUCACACCAACCAAAUAGGAAAAUUUACUCAUGAAAUUCAUCAACAUCAUCAAUAUUAAUUGCGAAUGAAGGAAUGAUUUUAUUCCAAAUUUGAAGAGGAAAAAAACGAUUCACUCAUAAGUCAACUAUGAUCCUGUAAAUAAACUCAAUCCGUGCUCAAUUGUUAUCAAGUAGCAAUACUGAAGUCUCAAAGUUAAUGUUGGAAAACAUUUUUCAGAUUGGAUUCUCAAGAGAAAGGUUAAAACUGGAAAAUCAAGGCAAACCUAACUGUGAUUAACUGAUUUCCCUCUUUGCUACUGAUUAAAUUAGUAAGGUUAAGUUGUCACGCUUUCAUUUACAACUCUUAAUCAGUAGUUUCAACUUUUAUCGCUGAAUCCUAAUUAAAACAAAUUACCAUAACCAUCAAAAUUCACUCUUUUUUUUGCUGAUUGCCAUUCAACUUUCUGGCUGAUGGCUGUUCAAAUACUCAUUAUUGUCUCAUAAUCAUCCAUUGGAUCAACCAUGUUUUGCUAAACAAUCAAAAUUACAAUCAAUAUUGGAAUCAAAGAUGGAUCGCAACAAUUGAAACCUUGUAACAAUGUCAAAGUGAAAGAUUGGCACUGAGAAUCAAUUUUAUAAUUAGCUGAGUGGAAAAACAAAAGAUGCUGUUAACGUGAAACAAUUAAUAAUUGAAUGGUGUCUAAAAAAGGUCCAAUUAAAUCAACAAUUUGCUGUUAUCCUGAAAGUUGUGAAAGUGGAUUAAAUCUUGCAAAAAAUUGCAUCUUCUGAAUGGUUAAGGAUGGUCAGCAUUUAAUGAUGAUAUUGUUGUUGGUGGCUGCAAAGUAAAUUGGUAUUCAAAUGUAUGGACAGCAGUUAAUUAUUUAGGUUGGAGGAUGAUGCUGAUUAUGAUGAUGAUAAAUAAUAUGAUGGCAAAAAAAGAAGAGAUGAUGAUAAUGAUGAAAAGAUUUGUAAAAUACAAUAGUUACAAUAUGACUUGGUUAUCGCUAGGAAAGUAAAGCCUUUUGUUUCAAUCUUUACGUUGACCUCAUCGUUGUUCCCAUUUACUGACACUGACCACGAUCUUUUUCCUUUCUUUUCUCAUUUUCAUCUUCUCUUUUUUUUCUCGUUUUCAUCAUAAUCAUCAUCUUCAUCAUCAUCAUUGUCUCACUUGAAUGCUACCAAACAACUCUCUUGGAUCUCACUCUCUCCAGUCUAACUGAACACUGGCUUGCUUUACCAGUCUCACUGAUCUCUUUACACCAACCAAGUUAACUUUCCAUUCCGUUUAAACAACUAAACUUUGCUGAUAAACACAACUUCAUUUUUGUGAUUUACUCAGUUAAUUAUAAUUUGUUUUGAUCAUCAACAUGCUUUAAUUAACGGCUAACUCAUCUCAAAUGAUUUGACUACUUGAAACCUUUCAUUUUGUUGAAACACGUUUUCAAGUCUUCUUCAGGACUACUUCAAAUAUCGUGUAUCAUAACGUUUUUUCACUUAAUUGUGCAUCAUCGUACUAAUUGUUUAAUUAUUGAUUUCUCAAGCUAUUGAUGAAUACAAUGAAUUAAACAAUUCAUCAUUGAUUGUUGUUUUUGAAUUCAAAUUUUUCUUUUGUUUUCAUUUCAUCAACAAUUUUCUUCAUCCAUAUGUGCAUCCAUUAUGGAGACAGUUGAUUCCAUACAACCUACCAUGAGGAUAUUGUGGUUAACUUUAUUAAUUUCACUUAUCGGAUUAAUACCAAUCAACAGGAUAAAUGGAAAUUUAGACAGUGAUUAUGGAUCUUAUCCAAUGGAUGAGUGUAAACCAUACUCCAGGCCUGAGCCUAUUGCUGUGAUUGAAAAUGACGCCGAUAUCUAUUUGAAUGCACUUCUCUCGGUUCACUCAUCAAGUCAACGAGGUAUUUACGGUUGUGGACCGAUUUCACGAAAAGGACUAAUCAUAUUUCAAGCUCUUCGAUGGAUAAUCAGUACAAUUAAUCAAGACAAUGGUUACAUCAAUGGAAAGAAAGUAAAUCAAUCGUUGAUUCCCGGAGUUAAAUUAGGUAUGAGAGUAUAUGAUACUUGUAACCAUAAAGAUCUGGGAAUCAACUAUUUAACCAAAAUAUAUUCCGUUUUGGAGCGAGGAUCAGAUGAUUGUGAGGACAAUUCACCAAUCGAUUUGGGUUCAUUAACAUUGAUUGAUAUGUUUGGAGUUACCAAGGAGCCUCGAUUAAUGGCCUUAGCUCGUCACUAUCAUUUACCGAUAAACCAUUUGACCAGUGAAUCUUUGGUUACACCUGAAGUGAUUGCUAAAACAUUGUCAUUGAUUGUAACUGACUUGAAAUGGACCCAAAUUGCAAUUAUUCAUUCCUCUGAUGAAUACUCUCUUCAAGUUAUUAAAUUGCUGGGCCAAUCAUCGUUAAAAGAUCGCUUCUGUUUAACUAUGGUUCAAACAUUGCCCAAGUUAAUUGACGGCGAACCUUACAAUGAUUCAACAAAAUCAUCUGAUUCAGUGGCUUACAUCGCUGUCCUUCGCUCGGUUCUUUCCAUGGUUUCUGAAGAUGUUCCCAUUAUAAUACUAGGAUCCGAUCUGUCUGUGAGUCGACUAAUUGAGGUCAUGUCUGAACGGAUCAGUGCCAUCAAUCGACACCAAUGGCUGUUCUCAACUCCUCCUGACCCUAAAUUGUUGGCUCCUUUUGUUAACUCUUCAGUUUCUUUUUUCACCUUAUCACCUUUUCCUGGAAUUAUUGACUCAUUUGAAUCAGCUUGGUCAUCAGCUUUGACCAACUCUUUCUCAUCUGAAUCAUCGCCAUGGUUUGAUGAGUAUAAAGCAACCUUAAAUGAGCAGUUGGUUAAAAAAGAUUUAGGACGAAACAAUGUUGAUAUACUUUGGCGAACCACUCAAGUUUUACCUGUGAUUCAAUUGUUAUUCAUUAUUGGUCAAUCUCUUCGAGAAGCCUGGUUCAACCGAUGUUCAGGUCAACCUGGAUUGUGUCCUGAUUUGGUCAAGUUAACUCGUAAAGAGUUUGAAGCUGAUUUUAUGGAGUUACGAUUAGAUGAAGGGUCAGGAUCUCGGACAAGAAUAGUUGACAACAGAUUGAGAGGUUCAGUGAGUGGUGUAACAGAGGAAGGCAUUCAACUUGCUUUAACCAAAUUAACAUUCAAUAAUGGUCGUUCAACUUCACCCUUUGCCUCAUUUUCUGGUUCUGGGUCUUCAUCAGCAAACUCAAUUACUUACCAGCACAUGAUUUCAUAUGAUUCUGCUAAAGGUUCAUCUCAAUUGAUUGAUGGCUCCGUAUCAUACCGACCAUCUCCAUGUCCACCUACAGGUUGUGAAAGAUGUCUCAAAGUCCGUCAGUCGAGGAUAAUUGAUGGUCAUCAUAGUGGAUCCAGGGAUAUCGGUUUAAGCAGAAAUGAGCCACCAAUCGUUUCUUCAGCUUCGGAGCUUUCAUCAAUUCCAGUCACCAAUUCUUGGACCUUUGAAAAACGAUCAGAUCAACCGUUAUCAUCAUCAUUCAAUCCUAUUGGAUCCGGAUUGACUUCACUGCGCGAUCAAGAGUGUCUAGCUAGAUGUACUUAUUCCUGGAAAUAUGGACAUCAAAAAUCAGCGUCUCCAUCCACCGAUUUGAAAGUAACUCAACCAUCAACAACUGAUACAAUUCAUUUUAUUCCUCCUGGAUCAGGGUUUUCAUGGGAAACUAAAUUAGAAACAAUUCAAUUAAGUGGUCCUUGGCAUCUAACUCUAGCCAUUGCUUCAGCUCUUGGUGUUAUCCUUAUCAUCGUUUCUGGCUUUUACUUCAUCCUUGUUUUCCCAAUCUCACUAGGAACCACCGUUUUAGGCUAUUUCACUCUAUUCGGUCUUGUGGCUAUGUACGGAGUUAACUUUGUCUACUUAAGUCCAAUUUCAUUCACAGUUUGUCUUAUUCGUCGACUUGGAAUGUCAUUAGCUUAUACAAUGGUUCUUUCGGCUCUUCUUGUUAAAACAAUGAACAUUUGGAGGCUGAAAGCUCUUCGAGAAACUGGAAUUGAGAAACUUAGGCUAACAACACCUUCCCGUUUACUGCUCGUCUCCGUUUUCCUGCUGAGUCUUCAAGUAAUUGUGACACUUAUCUGGCUCAUCUUUAUACCGCCUCAGCCUAACGUGAAACACCAAGCAUGUACUUGGCCUCCAUCACAAUCGUUGAUUCAAACUGAAUCAAUUGUCUCUCUAGUUUAUAUUUUAAUUCUUGGAUCAAUCAACAUACUUUUCGCUCUCCUUUCCUGGACUCAAUCAACCUCGCCGCACGGUUCAACUGUUGUAGUAACAUCAUCACCAUGUUCAGCCAGUUCAUACACCUCAUCGACACCCUCAGCUUCAUCUUUAUCAGCUUCAGCAAGAGAGUCAAGAUGGAUUGCCAUCUCGUGCCUUUUAAUUGCCGUUGUAUGGUCACUGUGGGCUGCUGUAGUUACAUAUUCACCACAACUAGCCACAGUUAAUGGCAACUUGACCAUUGUAGUUGCCAAUCUGGCCUGUGCAACAAUCCUUUUAGUCUGUCUUUAUGUUCGUAAAAUAUCUUCAUACCUUAGUGAAUUGAGUAAAUCGCGACUUGGUGAAGUGGGCAACAUGAAUUCAAACCUUAAACCCGCUCGUAACUCUUCCUCACGAGUGAUUCACUCAUCAUCAUCUUUAGCUGGCAGUUACUAUGGAACUCUUCCUAAAGCUCAAAAGCUUUCAAUCUCAUUGUUUGGCCAAAGUUUAAUUAAUGGUUCAUCACAAGCAUCUUCACCCUCAUCAUCUCCGUCUUCCUCCUCCUCUUCAUCCACUUCAUCAACAUCUAUUGUUGCAACAACUAUACCGGCAACAUUAUCAGGAUUAGCUUCAGUUAAAUCACCCUCACCAACAUCUCAAGUUAAUCUUUCAAGAGGCAUAACCUCAUCAUCAUCAUCUGGAUCAACAUUAUUACGUCGAUCAUUAAGUGAAGAUCACGAAUCUAAAGGAUCAUCAACAUUAACUAGUUCAACUUUUUUACCUUCCUCUAGAGGUAACUCAAAAGGAGAUGUAACCCUUGAUGAUGCAGCCUCUUCAUGUGCAUCAACAUCAGGAUCUAUUCAGGUUCAAGCGGAAGAUUUAUAUCCCAUGGAAGUCUAUGAAGGAUCCAAUUCCUUGCAACAACAAUAUCACUACUUUGCUAAAUCAUGAAACAACAGAUGACGAUCAACACAAGCAGACACUUUAAAUCAGUGUCGCCAAGAUCAUUUGAUGAAUAGUUAAUCAAGUUAACCUUUCAAUCAGAUGCAAGGAACAAGUUGCAGCUCAAUUGUUAUCUAAGUCAAUUUUAAAUAUGAAAAAAGCGUUUUAAUUUUAUGCUUCUUGUUUCUCUUGAAAUCUCAAUUAUCUGAGUAUCUUACAUAUUGUAAUUAAUUGUACUCAACAGUUGAACACUUGACCAAGAAUAUUUCUGGCAAUUCAAUGGUAGGGACACAAAGUGCAACCAAAAUACUAAGAGAUUUGAUUAAAGACAAUCAACUGAAAUCUCUUAAUUCCACAUUAAGAUGGUUAGUGAAAUCAUUUAGAAACAUUGAUAAACUGUUAGCAAAAACAGUUGAUUUUAUUGUUUAUAAAUUGCUGUUGAAUGAGCAAGAAAUGAAUUUAAAUUGUGCAAAACGACUGUAUUUUUAAAAAUUCAAAUGUUUAACCAUUUUAAUUUUUACCCUUUACUAUUGGUGAAUCAAUUUAUUGAUCAACUUUUCUUGUCUCCAAUCAAUGAUCACAAUUUGAUUGUCUAACAACUCUUCACCUCUAUUGCUUUUACAUUUUGUAAAUAGUCAACUUUACAAAAUUGUAAUUAUCAAAGACAGUUAAUUGACUUCUUCCCUUCAUCUUCCCAUUAUUAACCUUUUUUUAUAUUUAUAAUUUGUUUAACUUGUGUGUAAAUAAUCAACAAAUUUUACUAUUAAAUAAAUGUAAUUAAUUUGCUAAUCAAAUGAUCUUUUUUUGCCGUGAAAAUAUUUCAUCUCCUUCUUAAUCAACAACAUCUUUACCAUUUUGUUUGAAUCCAUUAGACGACUAAAGAGGAUAUUUUUUCCCAUAUAUUUUAACAAUCAAACUCAAGUGACUCUGAUUUUAUUUUCAGUGUAAAGUUAAUAUUAUUUCAAGCAAUUUAUAAUGGAUUCAGUUGAAAUGAACAAGAAUUUUGUUGAAACUGAUUUAUCUGAUUCAAUGAUUUUGAUCCAAGAUGAAGCUGAAGCUGCUUUGAAUCCAAGCGAUGUGGAACUGUGCAAAGUAUAUCAUUCAUGUUGUCUCCAUGAUCAUGAUCUAAUGAUUAAGAAUGAGGACGUUUCUAAUGAAGAUGUCGAGGAAAGCGAAGAAGACGAAAAUGUCCAGGAAUAUGAAGAUGAUAAAGGUCAGGAGGAUGAAGGUGAAGCUGGUGAAACCUUGGUUAACCUUGAUGAAGAAGAGUACAUCGAGUUGCAAAGACCUGAAUGGACAGAGGAAAAGGUUCACAACCAGGAAUCUGACUCUGACUGUGAAUCUAAAAGCACUAAUGUAACCUCUCUGGACGAUUCACUAGUGGCCACAUCAAGUCAACAACAGUUAAAUGUUGACCAACUAAUUAGUAAAAAUACAGCGGAAUUGACUUUGACUGACAAUACAAGUGAUCUUGAUGACAAAACUGAUUUAUCAAGUACCCAUGGUUUAGAUGAAGAGAUUGGAGAGGAUACGGUUGAUUCUGGUCCCGUUUCAAAUGACUAUAAUGAGGAGACUGUUGGUCUGUUAAGUGAACAAUCUGAGCUUGGACACAAUAUUACAAAUACUUUGGAUAACGAUCAAUUGAUUAAAGAUAAACUAGAGAUUCAAACGAAAGCAAUUCUAAUCAAUUUGACUGAUCCCUUGGCUGGUAAGAGAGAUGACCAAAUGAGCCUUGUGACCAAGCAUUCAACCCAACUUUACCGACAUGCCAAUUAUUCUGGAAUAUCUUCGUACACAGCUUCCACUACUUCAACCUCAAGCUCAAACAAAACACAACAAGUAAUUUCAUCGGUAACGAGCAAAGCCAAACGAGCUCGUAAAGCUGUGGUUAAACAAAUGUUUAGCCUCCUUAAAAAAGCACCCAAACACUUCAAGUAAUCAUAUGUUGUUGCCUUUUAUAAUUGAUUAUUUCACUUUCAUUUAUUUAAUGUAUUCCUUCACGUAAUUAUUUCCUCUUGUUCUUAAUGUCAACAUGAUCAUUUGUUUUUUUCA